UUUGUGUAACAGCACAAGGGUCCCACACAAUCACGUGACGACGUCGUGUGGUGUCGUCAGCAGCUCUCGACCCAGUUGUUCAGUCUGAAACGGGAGCCGGAGGAGGAGGACGGAGGUGUGUUUAUGUCGGCAGCUACUCUGAAAAAAACACAUUAAAGAGAUUGUUUUAGCAGCAGAGUGAGCCUUCCACCACACCAUGUCCCAGGACAAGAGUGGAUACCCAGUUAUGGGUGAGACCAACCCACUUCACAACAAUGUCUAUGGACCCCCUCAGCCAGGUUUUGGCGUGCCACCUCCCAACUACAGCCAAGCCCCAGGUGGACCAUACCCACCAGCAGCCGGAUAUGGACAGCCAGGCUUCCCCCAGGCAGGUCCCGGGUUUGCGCCUGGUCCCUACCCACAGAUGCCUUACCCUCAGAUGCCCUACCCGCAGGGACCCUACCCACAGGGGCCUUACCAGCAGCCUGCACAGCCAGGAUUUCCUGGCGACCCCGUAGUACCUCCUGGCAGUCCUGGUUACCAUGGUGAUGGGCCUCCAUCUUACUAUGACAAUGAUGAGUUCACCAACUCUGGCUUUGAGGACAAGACCAUCCGACAAGCCUUCAUCCGAAAAGUCUUCAUGGUUCUCACAGUGCAACUUCUGGUCACUUUCUCCUUUGUUGCCGUCUUCACCUUUGUUGAUGAUGCCAAGUACUUUGUGCGACGUAAUCCAUGGACAUACUAUGUGUCCUAUGCAGUCUUCUUCGUUUCUCUGAUUGUCCUCAGCUGCUGUGGGGACUUCCGCCGCAAGCACCCCUGGAACUUGGUCGCAAUGUCUAUCUUGACCCUGAGCCUCUCCUACAUGGUGGGGAUGAUCGCCAGCUUCUAUGACACAGAGACUGUCAUCAUGGCCGUGGGCAUCACUGCAGUGGUCUGCUUCACUGUUGUCCUUUUCUCACUACAGAGCAAGUAUGACUUCACUUCCUGUCGGGGCGUGCUGUUUGUGUGCCUGAUUGUGCUGUUGCUCUUCUCCAUUCUCUGCAUCUUUAUCCGCCACAAGAUCUUGCACAUUGUCUAUGCCUCACUGGGGGCCCUACUCUUCACCUGCUUUUUGGCUGUGGACACUCAGCUUCUCCUGGGCAACAAGAAACUGUCCCUGAGUCCGGAGGAGUACAUUUUUGCCGCUCUCAAUCUCUACACUGACAUCAUCAACAUUUUCCUCUACAUCCUGGCUAUUGUGGGACGCUCCCGCGAAUGAGGCUACACCUUAAAGACAACAGGAGGGAGACAGAGAUUGCCUCCCUUUAUUGUGAAAUGUUGCUAACAUGCUCUUUUCUCUAUAACUCCUUUAACUUUUUCUUCACUUUCUUUCACAUUAUACUGGCUGUUUCCUCUCCUAUCACACACACUUCUUUUUUUCCAAACCAGUAGUUCAGCUGUGGAGGAGAUACACCCUGUCAUAAAACGCAGCUGAGAGGGACACCAUUGAUUUAACAAAAGUUUUGCCAUUAACAGAAUUAACAGAAUGUAACAAUUUGUCUUAUCCUCAAUUUUGACCACUCUGCUUGCUGUAACUGUCCUCAGCUUCUACUAACACAGAUGCUACAUUAUGUCUACAUUACCUACUGCCCAAGUCCCAGUUUGGCUCAACACAUACAUACAGUAUACAUACAGUGUAAUACAUGUUAUCCUGUGGGUGCUCUGCCUUGCCUUGCUGCAGAGAGAAAAAGAGCGGGGAAGCCAUCAAUAGCAUAUAAUAUUGAAGUAAACCGGCUUUGCCUGAAGAGACAAAGAUAGUGCUAGAAACACCCACCUCCUUGAAUCUGUUUUCGCAAACUUAACUCUUCCUUUCAGCCGCCUGGUGUAAAGUUAACUCUGCAUGGCGACAUGGAAACACAACUAAAGAUGUGAUAUGAUUCUAUAGAACUACCAGAGGAAUACCUCUAGCUUUCUUCUCACAGCUGUAAAUAGUUAUGUGUAUUACUGUAUAUGAUGCCAAUAUCCCCCCUGCCUCCUGAAAGGCAUGCUGAAGUGAUUCUUAUGAUUGUGUUGCUUUCUGGGAAAAUAUUAUCUGAUAUCAGAACUGUAUUUUCGAUGGCAAAAGAAUGAAGAUCAAUGUUGGAUGUAUGUGACAAACAUACUUUAAUAUUGAUAAAUUAUAUAUUCUUACAGAAUAUCUUUUCAAAAGGAAGAAACUUGUUCUGAAAUUAUUUCUGAUUCCAAACCUGAGAUGUCACAUUCUUCCUUGUUUUCUUUGCAGUCCUCACUCAUGUCCUCUCAUCUACUCGUUAAUGUGACGUGAAGAUUUAGUACUGUAUUUGUUUUUUUCUCAUUACAACUAACAAUGCUGAAGUAAUGGAAUUUAGGGCUGCUUUUGUACCAAGCUGAUCCAAGUUUCAGAGCUAAAAUGAUGGACACCAGACUUGAAGGAAAUGGUACUUAUAAUUUAUUUAUUCCUUGAGCUUGAUGUAGACAACAGGGUUGAUUUGAAGUAGCUCUUUCCUCUGAUCAUGAGGAAAACAAACUUUUAACAAACUAUUUAAAGUUGGUUGUGAGACUAUGGCAUACUGGUUACAUGCUUGCUCAACAAAAGUGGGGGAAAAAAGCAAAAAAAACACUCGACAUGCACUCAAACCCAAAAUUCUCACAUAAACACAUAACUUAAGUGAUAUAUUUAACAAAAAACAUUUUUAUUGUGUAAUUUAUCAUUUUUCACCUCUUGCAUGACCCUUUCCAUCAUUUGCAUGUGCUCAUAAUGCGCAUUGUACAGGUAUUCCUGUUUUGGAGAGACGCAGUGUUGUUGACAGCCCUGUUAGACUUUCUUUUUUUUUUUUAAUUCUUGUGUUUGUAUCUAACUUGUAUGUGUAUAUACAGCUCCUUAGUGGUUUGAUGUGUAUAGAUAAAGUCAUUUUGGGGCUUUGUAGGUCUGUUUGCAUUGUAUAUUUGCAUUAAAUCAAAGUGGAACUGCAUUCCUCUACACUGCUGUUCGCUUUUCAUUAAAACUGAUUCAAGGUAAA